AUAUAUAUAUUUUUUUUUUUUUCCUGUCAUCCUUCCAAGUUAUCAGGCCACCGAUGAAUUCUGUUCUGCCUUUUUGAAGAAUAAAUCUCUCUUUACCCAUCGGCUCGCCCUACUCUCUCCCGCCGCUUAGAAAUAAAACUUGGCUGUGUAUUUAGGAGCCCGGAGCUCGAAGGCGCCCACCCCGAGCGUCCGAAUCGCGGGCCGGGCGCCGUCCGCGGGAGCUGGGCCCCAUGGGCUGCUAGCGACCCUCCAGUGGGACCGGCCUCUCCGCGUCGCCUCCCCAUGUGAGCCGCGGCGGGGCGAGCGGGGCGCCGGAGGAAGAGGAGGACCCUCGGGCGCCGGGCCGGAAGGCAGCUGGCAGCAGGCCCAGGCGCGCGGGUGCCCGCCUUCAUGUUCCGCCAGGAGCAGCCGCUGGCCGAGGGCAGCUUCCCGCCCAUGGGCUCCCUGCAGCCGGACGCGGGCAAUGCGAGCUGGAACGGGACCGAGGCUCCGGGGGGCGGCGGCGCCUGGGCCACCCCUUACUCCCUGCAGGUGACACUGACGCUGGUGUGCCUGGCCGGCCUGCUCAUGCUGCUCACCGUGUUUGGCAACGUGCUGGUCAUCAUUGCGGUGCUGACCAGCCGCGCUCUCAAGGCGCCCCAAAACCUCUUCCUGGUGUCCUUGGCCUCGGCCGACAUCCUGGUGGCCACGCUCGUCAUCCCCUUCUCCCUGGCCAACGAGGUCAUGGGCUACUGGCACUUCGGCAGGGCCUGGUGCGAGAUCUACCUGGCGCUGGACGUGCUCUUCUGCACGUCGUCCAUCGUGCACCUGUGCGCCAUCAGCCUGGACCGCUACUGGUCCGUCACGCAGGCCGUCGAGUACAACCUGAAGCGCACGCCGCGCCGCAUCAAGGCCGCCAUCGUCACCGUGUGGGUCAUCUCGGCCGUCAUCUCCUUCCCGCCGCUCAUCUCCAUCGAGAAGGAGCGGGGCUUCUUCACCUACACGCUCACCGCCGUCGGCUGCCCCGUGCCGACCACGCUCUUCAAGUUCUUCUUCUGGUUCGGCUACUGCAACAGCUCGCUGAACCCGGUCAUCUACACCAUCUUCAACCACGACUUCCGCCGCGCCUUCAAGAAGAUCCUUUGCCGGGGCGAGCGGAAGCGGGUCGUGUGA